AUGAUCUCUCCCUUCAGUAGCGCAACUCGGUCAGGUAGGUAUCGCCUUUAUGUUGGUUCAUUCCUCACGUAUUCAAGUAAUCCUGAAGAGAUUACAUCAAUACUACCUGGUGGUGCUCCGACCGCUGGUACUAUUGCGACUCACCGUGGUCAGGUCUCCACACAUAGUUUGGCCCUUGCUGGAAUUAUUGGAGGGACUACUCUUGGGAUUUGGGCCGUCUGGCUAUUGGUCGUCCGCAUACGCAAACUCAAACUCAAAGCGAAUGUCGCAUCCGCUGGGACCUCUGAAUCCUCACCUCUCCUAGUCCGAUAUCAAGCACCAAUUGAGCUUCAGACUUCUUCUGCCACGUUAGAAAAUGACGUAUUACUUUGUUCCGUCUGCGCAAAGCUGGAUUUUUACAGGAUAUUCCUUUAUGGCAUCCAUGAACUGGAGGCGAUUCCACUCGGUUCACUCUCAUCUAUCUUGGAAAAAUCUUACCAAUGCAGUUUCUGCCGCCUAAUAUCAUUGUAUAUCCGUCGAACACGGAUUACGGAGAACUUUCCUCACAUCGAUCUCUCAGAGAUUGAAUGUAGCAUGCACACGAUAGUUUGCGGUGCACUUCGAAGGGGACCUUAUCCCCCACUCCGUUAUGGCCGCCGCCUCCAUAUCACUGGGAACGGCCUUUGGCAGACCCAUCCUGCUUUCAGCGCAGCGGGUUCGCUAAUAAUUCACCUCAUGCAAGAAGAUGCUUUCAAGUUUGGGAGACCGGUCGAUCUUCACGGUCGCAGGGUGAAGAAUGCGGUGGAUAUCGGUCUGGUGAAGAAGUGGAUUAAGUUGUGUCAGGAGAACCAUAGAGAUAAAUGUCGGAAUGUUUGGAGAGUGGACAGGAACCUGCCGGGGUUUGUGAGAGUGGUGGACGUAGUAUCGAUGGCCGUGAUCCCUGCACCUUCUGGCUGUCGUUACGUCGCCCUCAGUUACGUGUGGGGAGGCAACGGCGCAGACUAUUGGACGACGAAGGAUAAUAUAGCAAAGCGCUCCAUGCCUAGCGGAUUGGACGCGGCAAACCUCCCUGACACCAUCACAGACUCGAUUUCAUUCGUUCGACAGCUUGGUGAACGUUACAUAUGGAUCGACGCUCUAUGCAUCACUCAAGAUGAUUCACAGGACAAGGCCAUUCAGCUGCAUGCUAUGGAUUUGGUCUAUGGUCUGUCUUAUUUCACGUUAAUUGCUGCUGGUGGCAAGACAGUCCGAGACCCUCUCCCAGGAUACCGUCCACGAACUAGAACACCACAAACACAUAUCGAAGUCAUUCAAGGACUUCAUCUCUUUGUGACUCUUCCAACACAUGAGAAGGCUCUGGCACUGUCCGCUUGGAUCACGCGUUGUUGGACCUAUCAAGAGAGCGCGCUGUCUUGCCGAAGGAUUUACUUCACUGAGAAGCAGGUCUACUUUGAAUGCCAGUGUCAGGUCUUCCGUGAAGAUAUUGUCGCGGAAAGUAAGGCCGACUUCUCCAGCAGUUUUGUAAGGUAUCCACGGGGAGAAUAUUUCCCAUCCUCAACUGACUCCUUCAUGAGUUACGAGUCUGCCGUUGGGAAAUAUACACGACGCAAUCUCACCGUCGAAUCAGACAUUGUCGAUGCUCUCACUGGAGUGACAAAUGCUUUGGUGGUAGCAUUUGGACUGGGUGACCCCGCCAGAGCUUUUCAAUAUGGAAUGAUGUUGACGGAACUGCAUCAUGCGCUUCUCUGGCAACACGAUCCACAUACACCUCGUGCUCGUCGUUUGCUUGCUGAAGGAGGCGGCUCAUCUUGGCCUUCUUGGGCAUGGGCGACGUGGCGUGGUGCUGUUAUCUACACAUCGGAGGACGUGUAUAGGCAGACUCGGGUUACCAGUCGUCGCGGCCAGACGUCGGUGGAUGAGACGCUUAUUGAUGCUUGGUACAUCGUGGACCACGGUGGCGAUAUAGUGCCGCUCGAUGUUCGGAGGGUUUCACGGGUUUAUUGGAUAGAUGAAGAGCAGCCCCCAUAUUCCUCUCCGGGAGGGAUUUUGGAUCCAACAGAGAUACCACUGGAUAUUCAUCGACCGCUAAAACCAGGCACCCUCAUUUUCCGCACGACUUCCAGCGACUUUGACAUUACAAGGCGAGGUGGUGAAUCAAACGGGGAAUCAAGUGCCGCCGACCACUAUGGUCUCUUUAAUAUUAUCUCCACCACGUCUUCCCCUCCCACUUGGGUUGGUACUGUCAUUUUGCCAUUGAUCCCUGUCCCGCCAACUUCUAUCGAGUUCAUCGUGCUUUCCCGUUGUGAUGGUGUGGACGGCGUCUGCGAUCUCGAGCGUUACCGCGAGAACGAGGGCUUAAUGGAACGUGUUGGAUUGGGCAUCAUUCAUAUCGGUGCCUGGGUUGCUUCAACACCGAAGGAGAAGGUGGUGUUUCUCCGAUAA